AUGAAGCUGUCAGUCUCCGUCCCGGUGUCCCUGCUUUCGCUGGCUGCUUGCGUCCGCGCAGGAUUCGAGGCGACCUGCAAUGACAUCAACAUCACCGGCACUGGCGUCAUUACCGCCCACUGCGACGACGGAAACGGGAGCUCCAACGACGCCAGCCUCGAUAUCAAAGAUUGCUACACAUACUAUAACGAGGAGCUCAUCACCAUUGGUGACGGGCACUUGCCCGACCUGUGCCGCGAAUGCAGCAUCGUCAUGAAGCCGGGCGAUAUCUGGCCUGCUGAUGUGGCGUGGGUGCGCUGCUACUGCCAGGGGGGGUGGCGUGAGGUCAACACCCACAACGAGAUUAUGAAUACAUAUGGUGUGCUCGAGUGUCCGCACGCGCGUCACCCAGUUUGCUGA